AUGUUUGGGCAACAACCACGCUCAAAUUCUGAUUUUUGGAAAAUAGUUAAAGAAAAUGGUAUAGAAGAUGAAGAUCAGUUACCAACUCCAGUGGAAAGUGAUAAUAUUGUUGAACCGUCUAUCAUAACUGAAACUCCAUCGGAUGAUUUGGAUAAUGAGAUACAAGAACAUAAUUUAAACGUAACUAAUUUGAUUCCUGCAAUGUUUCCACUUCUUGAUAUUAAUGAUAGUACAAAUGCCUCCAGUAUUGUUUCUGGUUCUCUUCUUGAUUUAUCUUCGUCUUUAUGUAUUAAUGAUCAUCAACCUCCAUUAAUUACAACAAAUUCAUCAACACCAGAUCUUAUUGCUUUUGAUUCUCCUCCACUAUCAUUCCGAACACUUACAACUUUUUCUCAAUCAAAUGAUACAGCAAGUAAUGUACUUCAUUUAAAUAAUAACACUUCUACAAUUCAACCAGGUCAGGUAAAUUAUAAUAAUUCAUUUGAACCUACGAAUAUUUUUGAUGAAUUUCUGCCAUGUUCACCUCAACAUACCAGUUUAGUUUCUAUUCCAGCUUCUCAUUCACAAUCAUCCACUUCAUCCUUAAAAGCAUCUUAUUUAGCAACAUCACCGUCACCAUCGCCACGACAUGCAGACAUAAGACGUAAAGCGACAGAUAAUUAUUUAGAAACGGCUAAUAAAAAAAGAAAACUAUAUGAUGAACAUCUAUCUAGAUUAGCUGAACAAUAUAAGAAAAGAGAUUGUGUCGGUGUUAAAAUUCAUGAUGUUGACAGAACGAAUACUGAUCCAAAAAUCUUACCUUGUUUAAUUCUUUCAAAAGAACAAAAAGGUGAAGAUAUUAUUUUUUAUUUAGCAUGUCAAUUUGGUUUAUUAUCAACUAAGUUCACCAUUGAAAGUCUUGUUGAUCUAAGAACAGCUUGUCCUGAUGAUUUAAAAAAUUUAGAUGUGUUUGAACUUAAAGAUGAAAUUACUUUGAUAGAAGCAUCGAAAUUGUUUGUUCGUGGAGCGGUAAGUGGAGCAACGUGUGAUUGUAAAACGAAAUGUGCGACAAAGCACUGUCCAUGUAAAAAAGCAGGAGUCGCAUGUUCAACAAAAUGCCAUUCAAAAAGAGGUGCAUGUGAGAAUACAAAAUAA